UAUAUAUAUAUAUAUAUAUAUAUAUAUAUAUAUAUAUAUAUAUAUUUAAAUAAUUUUAAAAUCUUAAACAUAAAAAAUAUUCUUAAAUUAAAAAAUUCUGUUUUAAAAGUCUCUCUUCAAUAUUUCUGAUAUUUUAUGAUAAAUUAUGUAGCACAAGUCUUCAUCAGUUUUUGUGGAAGCAAAAUUCUUUCAGUACUAAACUCCAUCAUACCAUGAAAAAAUACUUUUGAGAAUAGAAUUAAUAUAUAGAUAGCAUAGCCUAAAAAUUGUGUAGUUCACCGCUUCACUUCAUCAGUUUUCCAUACUCACAGUGAGUAAGAAUGGAGAUUGGAUUUUUUGUGGCAUGAUGGAGUUUAGGAUUGAAAGAAUUUCGCUUGACUCCAAAAAAUCCACUCAUGCUCUUUUGACCUUCCAUUUGUUAAGGUACAGAUCUGUUGGAUUGGAGUAAUCAUCAGUCGCCACUUAAAAGGUUUUAAAAAUGCUUAAAAGGUUCUGUUUUUAUUUUUGAAGUGAAAACUUGUUAAAUCGGACUGCAUACUAGAAAUGAGGGAAAUGUUCAGCAUUUCAUCCUCUUUAUAAUGAGCUAUUAUUUAUAAUUAAUACCUCAUAUUAUUAAUCUCGCCUCGUUGAUGUUUUCACUAUUACCGUGUGGUAUAAAGCACACACCUUAGUUUUUUUAUACUAAUAUUGGCCAAAAUAUCAAGAGAUUAGUUAAAAUAAAGAAGUUCUUUCUGAUGUUUUAUUUUUAAAGGAAUUUAAUUUAAUUAGCUUAAUAAUGUACUAUUCUUCCAAAUGACAAUCUUUGAAAAGACAUUGCAAUUGGGUUUAAGAAUAACAAUAAAGGAAAAAUCAUAGUUUUAAAUAGGGAAGUUGCUGAAAUGAAUAUAACAAAGAGGAUCAAUGUAUAAUAUAUUUUUACAACGGUGAUGGAAGGCAACUAGGCUUUUUUUUUUUUAAUAGCUAGAUUAUAUGAUAAUAUUAUAACAUAUGAUUGUUCUAAAUAUUUUAAAAUAAUUAUUUAAACUAUUACAAUGUAAAAAUUUAAUUAAUUAUAAUCUAUUCUUAUUAUUAUUUUAUGAAAAAAUUAUAAUUGUGAUAAUCAUUUAACAAACAAAAACUAAUUAAUUAAAAAAAUUACUAAGAAUGAGCAUUAAACGAAAUAAUAAUCAAACAUUAACACAAGAGUUAAUCUUAAGAGGUUAUAAAACAACAAAAGAAGAUAAAAAGCAUGAGUCUUCUUUGAAAAGCAUAUUUACAAACUACUACUCAAAGCUACACCAAGAAGAAGCUAGCAUGAACCAAUACAUGCUUCGUCUAAAAUGUCUGUUAAAAAAUUUAACGCUGCUUGAAGAAGGUAUGGUAUAUGUAGGCGAAAUGAAUCCAAUUGUAUUUGAACCAAUUUAUGUAUUAGCACAAAUGCAGGCUAAGUUAUACAAAAUCAGGAACAGGCUAGGCCACUUGCCGAAAGAGUAUAGAAAAUAUGCUCAUAACUUAAUAGAGAAUACUUACGAUUGCGUAAUAGAUCAAUGUGUCAAAGGUGCACAAGCUGAAGAAAGUCUGAAGAAAAUUGUUACCGAUGUUGUUUAUAUUGAUGACAUCGUAAUGAAAUAUCAUGAAAACAAUCUUGAAAAUGGUGUAAUGCCAUACCAAAUGAACAUCUGCCCUUGGCUAAAUAGGAAUAAUAUACGGCUUACAUCUAAAUUACCUUUUAAGAAGAUCAAUAGAACGAAGUUUAUAAAUAAUAAAAACAUACUUAAUCCCAAAAUGAAAAAUUUGGCUCAGGAAUCAAGUUUUCUGAGAAAAAUAGAAAAGGUAACAAGAAAAAGGGAAAAAAAAUCAUGUAAAACUUCUGAUAAGACAGUAUUAGCCUGCAUAAAAACUGAUAAUGUCGGUAUUCAAUUCGAUCCAGAGCUCUCAGGACCGAUCCCUAUUCCCAAAUGUUUUCAUGAAGUUGAAAAUAAAAUAAGAAGCUCUUGGCUUGCAAACACUAAAAAAAGUUCACGCAGGGCUUCCAUUGAAGAAAAAAUUCCUUCUGAACAUAGAUUUCAGUAUGAGGUAUCUAUGCGUCAUGCAACAACGAAUGUAAUAUCAAACAAAAAUACAAAAGAAACGCAAACUGAAAUUAUUGAUUUUCCUUCAGAAGAUUAUGAAUACACAGUUAUGGAUAUGACCUACACGAAAGAGAGGAUAAUUAAUGAAAAAACCGAAGAAGAAAUGAUGAAGGACCUCACCAGCAAGAAAGUUGUCUUCCUUAGAGAAAAUGACAUAUUUGAGACAAUGCCAUCAAAUAAACAAGACGAUUCGGACAGUUCAAGUGGUACUUUUAUAGAAGAUUCUGAUUGCAAUAUUAAGAUCUCAAAUGUCGAAUCUAAACCAAGUUAUAAAAAAUACAAAAUGCUUUACACUUCAAACAAAAAUACAACAAAUACUUCUUCAACUAGUAACAAAUCGGUACAAAUCAAUAGGCAUGUCAUAGAACACAAAGAUGAAAUCCUGGCUUACAUUAAAGAAUUAAGCUCAAUAAUUGUGAAUUCACAAAAAAUUGAGUCAAGUGACAAUAUUUAUACAGAUGAUUCACAAACCACAUAAAAAGAAUUCCAUCGAAAAUGUAGGAGAUUUAAAGAAAAUGAUAAUAAUAAUUUACCUUCAAAUAACCUCUGACUCGGUUAUGAAAGACCAUACUACAGCUGUUAUCUAUAACCAACAGUCAGCCUUCCAGUUAACGGAGAACGCUUAUCAAAGUUUUCUUAUAAUUUAUUUUUUAUCAAUAUUUGUUUGAUUUUUAAAUCUUAAUUAUCACAGAAGCCCAUACUUUUUCUCAUGUAAAUACAAGUCCUCACAAAACUGAUCAAAUGGUAGCUUUUUUCAUCUUUAAACAAUUACAUGCAACAAUCACAAGUGGCAGUUAUUUUUUUUUUUAAUUUCAAAGGCAGCAAUCACCCCAAUCAUUAAAUCAUUAAACGCUGUAAUUUAUAGCCUUAAUAUCAUAAAUGUUAAGCUCUGUUUACACAUUUUACAAACUUUGGAAAACAUAAAUGUGUAAAUGGGAUGUUUCUUUUAGGCAGCAGUGGAACAAUAAUUGCUUUGGAAGAAAAGGAAAGAAACUAUCUACAUGAAAUGAUGUUUAAUUGAUUCUUGAAGUCCAAUUAAAAAAAAAAAAUAAAAUAUAUCCUCCACAAAGUGAAACUAAGAAAUAUCAAACCACAUAAUAAUAAAUAAAAAUUUCUAACUUAUCUCCUAAGAAUAGUAAUAAGAAAUCCUCCUUCAAUCAAACCUCCACCUUAUAUUAUUCAGAAAUCAACUGCCAAUCAGAUAUUGUACCAUGGUAUCACUUAAAGUUCUGGCAUCAUCCUCCUAGUUCCAAAUAUACUCAUAUUUGCACUAUCUUUUUGGUAUAUAAAGCUUGUUAUCGGUUUAUGAGUUGAAUAUUGUCUAUUACUGGAAUGUUUACAUUAAAUCAUAAAUAAAAAUGUGUUAUCAAAUUAAACGAUAUUGUAUAUGCAUAUUCAGUAAAAUACUAUUAUAAUUUAUAGUAUUUAAUUUGACCAUACUCUCCC